GCGUAGACUCUGUGUGAGCUCUCUAAUGUUAAACCCUGCUGCGUAGGAAUCAAACAGCGCGUCACAUCGCCCAGAGAGCACGGAGGGGUCUCUUACAUAAACGAGAGGCUGAAUAUAAAGGGAACAAGAUGCUCUCGGCCACGCUGGACACCGGCGGCUCCCCGAAGAAGAGGACCUUUUCUCGGGGGCUGAGCGAGGACGAGUCGCUCCGCAGCAUAAUCACGGAGACGGAGACUUCUUCCAGGCGUGUGACACGAAGUGACAGCCGGGCAGGCACCCUGAAGAGGGGAACCGACAGCCAGACUGAGCAGGAUCUCUUCAUGGGACUCCCAGAAAUGCUGGAUCUGCAGGCCAGCUAUGACGAGGUGGUGCAGGAGCUGCGUGGGCUGGAGUUCGAGCGAGAGGCUCUGUUGUUCCAGGUGGACAUUCUGCAGGACACGCUGGAGGGUGUGGAAGAGCUGCUGGCUGAGACCCAGAGGGAAGCUGGACAGGCUAGUUCUGAGUUGCAACAAGAGAGGGCGGCCAAGAGGAAGCUGGAGAGCAUGGUCAGCUCUCUCAUGCAAGAGGUGGAGAAAUUAAAAGAGGAACAAAUGAAAGCACCUGCUCAAGAGAACACAUAUGGAACUGAAGAUGAGGCAACGAGACACGAACGCCAAAUGAAAAACCAUGAGGCCAACGAGCAGACUCAAGACUCGUGCAGAGAGGAAGUAGACUUUUCCCCGUGUGAACCUCACAGCACCGGCGGAGCGUCUGAGGAGGUGGAGCAGGGCGAUGGAGCAGAGGAGGAAGGAAGCUUCAUGACGAAGAUACGGAAGAUGGUCAACAAGCCUCUUGCCCACAUACCCUCUCUUGCUUUGGACAACCCGCUCUCUGAAGACGGUGUCCUCUCGAGGCCUUACGGCAACGACAAUGGCCAAGAUCCGUCAACAGACACAAACGACUCAGACAACUUAAGUGCCUAUGAGGAUGCGUCCGCCGAGACUCCAGAGCAGGACAGGAUCUUUCCAGGCGAUGGCGACUGUGUGGACCUGCCUGAUGAUUCAGAGAAUAAAGAGAAAAGUCCAACUAACAACGGUCAGGUCAGCAACGGUGAGACUCAAGACCCCAAAGACCCUGACGGCUGCAUUUUGUCUUAACUUUACCUGUUCGUAUCAAUGACUGGGGAAAAGGACAAUGAUUCUUAUUGAUCUAUUGGUGAAAUUCAAAAGCUUGUUGAUUCGCAUUUUAUCCAAAUCGGUCUUCAUGUUCUUAGACAACUUUGAGACCAAUUGCAACAGCUAGAGUUGCCGUAAUUACCCAUCCAAUGAUAAAUCAACUAUUUGAUUGAAGAAAACUAACCUGGUUUCAGUACUUUUUCAAGCAAACAUGCCAAAACGUUCACUGGUUUUAAGAUUUCUCAAAUGUGAGGAUUCGCUGCUUUAUGGUUUCUUUGGGAAAUGGACUACUUGUGGGAUGACAAUCAAUUUGAAGACAUUGUUCAGGCUCAUUAUUUUUGACAUUUCAUAGAUCUAUUUGAAAACUUGUUGAUCAAGAAAAUAAUUUACAGAUAAAUUAUUACUGAAAUUAAUCAGCUCCAGUCGUAAAACACUGUAGUAGAAAAGUAAAAUUCAGUUUUGAAUUCUCAACAAAGAAACUCAGGAUUGAGGUGGUUUAAUAGAACUCCACCCAUGAGUGCUUAAUUCUUUUUGCCACUGAUUUCUUUUUAAUGUCUCUUAAUUUAAACAAAAUAUUUUUUUCUAAACAUGGAAAAUGCUCCAUGCUGCUUCGACCAUUUAUCUUUUAGGGAAUCUUUUAAGAAUGUGUGUUUGUACACGAACAGCUGCCGAGACAAAUCAGGAUUUACCUGUAGACAAAAUACAGUGAACUAUGUAAGUGUGUGGACAGGGACUGAUGCUGUUAUGACUCCAAUCAUAACUGCACAUUUAGAAACACACGACUUUAGAGACAGUUCGAUCAUUUAGACACUCGCAGCUUGUUACAGCUUAAUUUCAAAAUGGGAUGAGCCAAAUCUCACGUAAGCCAUUUUCAGACAUGAACCUGGGGAACAUGUCCGGAGUUUGCCUUUGACAUGUUUGGAACACGGCAAGAGAUUGUUUGGGUCAGAGCAGUUCACAACAUUAGGAACAUUCCUCUGGCGACAGAGUAAAGCUAAGGGAGGCAGGACGUAACUUUUAUAUUCCACUGGGAAAUCACAUGUUUUUGUUUUCAGCACAUUGACAUUGUCAGUCCAAUUUGACGUGAUUGAUGUAUGGCACCUCUAUUUCAGCUUUAUUUUUUUUUCUUUAAGUUUUGCGUCUGCACGUGUCAUAACCGUCAUCAACGUGCCCGCUUGAUUUUUCUGCACAUUUUCCUGCUGUCUGCUCACAUGGGCUCAUUCUGAUUUUAUCCAGACAUUUUUCUUGGGAAUGUCCAGAGUUUAGUACAUGUUUGAAAACAGCAACGCGGUAUAAUAACCUUAAAUUAAAAUCUUUGUCAGGUCAAGAUAUUUGGACUGUCUCCAUUUGUAGGACACACUGUAGAAGUUUUCUUCAUGAAUAACAUUAGCCUUUAAAACCUCAGAUCAGAUACUGAUACUCAAUAAAGUUGAGUCCAUAAGUACGAUAUGUUUAGUUCACCCUUUAGUUUACCCCCUACUUAGUUCAAGUUUUGUAGAGAACUGAUUUUGCUGCAUUUGCACUUUCUAAAGUUCUUGUAAUGUGUCAUAGAUUUGUCAGACAACAUUACGAACAACAUUCCCUUUAUCGCCGCGCACGUCAGCGAGAGAAGAGCAGCCAAGCUGCCGCAGGCUGUCCUCCCUUCGCCUGCAUGCCUCCUGUACGUUUGCACAUUGCAGUGAAACUUGCUGAAAUUAGUCUCUUUCGAUGUCUUAAAUUGCUGAACACACUUUGUAUUUAAUCAAAAAUUUGUACGUUUUUCUACAAUGUUACGUUUCUUUUUUUAUUCUUGAAACAACAUUAGACCCUCUCACCUCAUUUGUGAUAGUUUGCAUGGGCAACUUCAUUGUUUCUACACAGCACAUGAACGGAUUGAACUACCUUUAAAUAGUACUUUUGCAUGCAGUUCUUUAACAGACAUGUAUUGAAUGAUACUUUAAUUGCAGUUCACUGAAGAAAAAUGUGUUUUAAAGGGAUUUUUCAUUUAUAUUUUGAUAGAAUGAGGCAUGUUUUGUAUUAUUUCUCUGUUUUUAAGGUGGAUCUCUAACAAGCAGCUCAGAUGACUGGCUCAACAUGAGCUGAUGGAAGGUGACUGUUACUGUAAUUCACGUGUGCUGUGCUGGUUAUUUAUGGUGAUGUAAACAAUACACGUCUGUUUCCUAUCAGGUCAAAGGGUUUGAUUUUUUUAAUGAUGCCGAAAAUGUACACCACUCUGAAUCCAUACUGCUAAAUCAUGAGGGGAAACCUUUACCUUUGAUACUGGGAGUGUAGUUUGAGCUCAUAUUAGUAAUUGUUUUCAUAUUCAAUAAAUUAAUCAAAUUGUUUUUGUGUUUAUUUUCAUAAGACAAUGUUACACAUCAGCUCUCGCUGUAGUUUGUGUUUUAUGGGUCUAAAUAUUAUUUACUGCUCCUCCGCUUUGAAUUGAACGUUCACGUGUGACAGUAAAUUACCUGAUAUAACAUUCCAGACAUAUCAAAAUAAAGGAGUUAAUAAUGAA